CAAUUGAUAUUAAUAUAACAGAUUAUCUAUUCUCUAUAGAAACACAUUUGUUAAAUCAAUACAUUUCUGUACAUAUGAAUAUCAUGUUUCAUGAUCAAUUUACAAAUGCAUAACAACUUCAAUGUUCCUUCAAUAAGUAUAAUAGUGUAAAAAAUGUGUCUUUGUCUUGGUCCUGUUAAAUCGGGUAAAACAUUUUUAAUGAAACGGUUACAAGGAGAUGAAAUAGAUAAUGCAACUCAUACUGUUUCUACGAAUGGCAUAAAUCUUUUUACAAUAAAAAAUAGUACCGGAGAAUUUGACAUGAUUAUUAAAGAAAUAGGUGGUAGUAUGGCACCAAUAUGGAAACAUUACUUUGAAAAGACACGGAAGCUUAUUUAUGUAAUAGAUACUAGCAAUCUUUGCCAAAUAAGUGCGGCAGGAGUAUUACUUUAUUCAUUAUUACUCGAUCCUAAACUGCGAAAUAUAAAAAUCGCAUUAACAUUAAACAAAAUGGACCUUUCUUAUCGUCAAAUGCGCAACGAAGCCUUACUUAUACUUCAUUAUUCACGUCUACAAAAGGAAGCUACGCAAGAAUUAUCUAUAUUUGAAACUAGUGGAAUGACCGGUCAAGGUAUCGAAGAAUUAAGAAACUGGUUGUUUGAUCCAACCACUUUAAAAUCUGCAAUAAAUGCAAACAAGUAAAUUUAAUAUAUAUAUUACGAAAAAAUUUUAUCAGAAAGUGAAUAUUUUUUUAUUAUUUACACUCAAUGUUACAAAGAUAUAAGGAUUCUACGUAACUUUUCAGCAAGUAACACCGAUAUAAUUGUAAUAUAAAUCAUUAGCAAAUCUUUGUCAAGUUUUGCAAUUUAUUACGCUCAAAAGUGGAAGUAUUAUCAAAAGUGAAGUUCAUUAAUUGAGCGUAUAACAUUUUUAUAACUUGACGUCAAUGUAACUGAUUAUUCACUUAAAUAGUCUUUAACACUUUAAGACAUU